AUGGCUUCUUCUGAAACAGUUUAGAUAUUUUUUCCUAAGUCUUAGGUUAAUAAGAAAGGAUAUUUAGUAGGAUUCAAUAUUUCAGGUUUUUAGACCACAGUUAUAUUCGUAGAGGAGAACUCAGAUCUCAAAAAAUUAGAAAAUGUACUUAAUGGUUCAAAGACCUUGUCUAAUUUGAUAGGCUAUUGUGGAUGCAAAAUGGUGAUUUUAGGGCGAAUAUUUGAAGAAGGUGAUGAAAUCACAGAGUAUUGUAAAUAAUAAAUGGAGACAUAUGAUCUAUGGAUAGAUAUUGAAUACUCUAGUAUGAAUAAAUUAAGCAAGCGAUCUGAUGUUUUUUAAAAUUAUAAAAUUUAAGAAAAUAGGAAAUUAGGUGAUAAGUAUAAGAUAAAGACUUUAUUAUGUUUUGGAUAUAAAUAUAAGACAAAGUCAUAAGUGAUAUUCUAUGAUAAAAUAUAACAAAAUAGCUUAUUAUCGAUUAAUCCAAACAAAGUAAAGAAUGCAUAUUCGAGUUUUGAUAUUCCACAUUAAUUCAUAGAAAGUUAUUAUGAUCAAAGAAAUAAGCAAGAUAACGAUAGCUAACUUUAGGAAUACUUUAAGAAACACAUAGAUGUUAGUGAUUUUGAUGUCAACAUUUGCUAAAUGGAGGCUAUUAAAUAAGAUAUUUUUAAUAACAAAUACCAUUAGAACCUGCCUGAACUAGAAUACACCAUCAAGCAAAUAAAUUUCAGUAAUAUGAUCAAUUAAAUAUACUAAGAGGAAUUAAAAGUAACUAAUGCAGCAGAAUAAAACGAAUAACAAGAUCAAACAUCUUAAUAGUCUAAUUAAGAAGAACAAACUGAUUUAAGCAGUAAAGAAAACGUGUAUAAGAAGUGGUUGAAACCUGGUAAAAAUAUGCUCUUUUUUAUCUAAAUCUUGGUUUGGUGCAGCUCAGUUCAAAAACUUUUUUAUAGUUUAGUAUAUAAUUUGCUUAGCUAUAAGUUGCCGUUUAUAGAAAAAUCGUUAGUUGAUAUGAAAGUGGGUAGAAAUGUCUUUAAUCAAGUAAAGUUUAAAAUAGAAGUUAUGUAGAGUUGGCCAAUACUAUUAGGAAUAUUAAAACAUAAGCACUAAAGUUUGAAAUACUCAUUCAUUUUAAAAAUUUAUUUACGUCUAUUAUCUGGCUUAACUUACAUAGCUAUUGAUACAAUUUUAGGUCUCUUUAGCAUCCUUUUUAUUGCAUUUAACGUAACUAAAAUUUUGGGCUUUAUUCAUCAAUAUUUUAGUGGUAUUCAUAUUGAUGCUCUAUCCAAAGAAGUUGAGUGGCUUAUGAGUGAUCCUGCAGGAUUGAAAACAAAUAAAAACUUAAACAAAAUAAUGGGAUUCUUAAUUUCAAAUCUUUUUAUAUUUUGGAAUAACUUUACAACUUUUGCAACACCAUUUGAACCUUACUUAAUGAGAUUAAUUGCCUUCUUUGGUUUCUUUGGGAUAUCUUUUGAACUCUGCAUUGUGAAUGACAUUAUAAAUAUUCUAACUUUGCAUGUGUAUAUAAUCUAUAGAAUGUUAAUGAUGCUAUAUAGAGAAGUAAUGGCCUUAAUUAAAAUGCUCUAUGGAGUAAUGAAAGGGAAGGUAUUAAAAAACUCAAAUUAUGAAGUGAGUUGGGAUCACAAAGUGUUAUCUAUGAUAUUUUUCUUCUUCCUAGUUUCAAUGUUUCCCACUAUCGCUAUGUAUUAUUUCGCUUAUCUACUUAUAGUCCUUGUAGUUUACAUAACAAAAGUAUCUUUAAACACCACUGUACAUAUGCUUAACACUUUCCCAGCUUUCAUUUUGUUGCAAUAUUUUACAAAUAAAGACCUCUUUCCUAAAUUUUGUCAAGUUACUCUUUCUCAGUGCAAAGAUCUAAACGAUAUGGCUAUCUUCAACUUAGAAACUAGGCCAAUGCCUGUUUCCUACUUAUUGGCAUGCUUUAAUUCAAGUAAUUUUUUUAUAUUCUAUAAAUUUGUUUAUGGCACAUAUUUUCAUAAAACAAUAAAUAGAAAUAUCAAAGUUCUUCAAAAAGGUUAAUGUUGGCAAAAUUUUAAGAUUCUCAUUUAGCGGAAACGAUAUAUUGAUAGCUGUCGAAGAAAAUAAAACUGCUAGAAGAAAACACUCUUUUUCCCAUGGCGAAGUAGGACCCAAAACUAGUUUCUCUUUAAGCGAGAUAGAAAAAGAUAUUGCACUACUUUCAGAGAUGUGACUCAUUUAACAUAACAGAAAAACAAAUUUUUCGAAAUGAAAAAUAAUUUACUGUGUUUAAUAAUAGAAAUUUGCAAAAAAUCAUAAAAAUUUAUUUGUUUAUUUAAUAAUUUAUUACUGUUUUUUAUAUUUAUUUGUAUCUAUAAAUUAGAAAUAUAUUCAAAAUAAAAUAUCUAGCUCUAUAAUUGGUGUUUUUAAAAUAUGUGCUUUGUCCCAGAAUAUUUUUGUUAAGAUUUGUGUAGUGCUUUGUGCUUGCUUGAAAUAAUCUUUUAAGAAAAUUUGACUUUUCUAAAAAUUUACUUUUUUUCUAUAUCUAUUCUAAUAGAUUUUAAAUCCAAUGAAAUUUGGGAUGCUAAGAUACAUUCAUUCAUUCAUUCAUUCAUUAAUACAUACCUACUAAUUUAAUUUAUAUAUUAAUUUUAAAUUGCGAAUCUAAAAAAAUUGAAAAAUAAUUAAAAAAAUUAAAAAUUGCUGAAUUUCACAAAUAGUAAUAAAAAAAAAAAAAUUUAGAAAAAUGGCUCAACAAAUGGUAAAUAAACUAUUCAAAAAAACUUUUGUUUAAAUUGA